UUCUAUUCCAUAGCCAAGCUUGCGUAGCCAUACAAACCCAGUUCACAGAUUUAACUCUUGUGGUCAACUUUCAAUUUGCAAGGGCCCUUUUUGCGUUUAUCCUAUUCGGAAUCCAUGCAACGAAUUAUGACUUUGAAAUCUCUGGUUACCAAAAUAGCAAAGUGAAUAAACAAAAGGCAUUCACUCCAUGAUCUUCUGCCAAUUGUUAAGCUCCCUCCGUGUUAAGGUAAAUAGGACAGUAUGGCUGAUAGGUCUACCUAAAGUUACGAGGAAAGCAACUGCCAACCAAUCACAGGUUUUUGGUUCUAUUCAAAGGCUUAGACGAGGCUAUGCGAUGAAAUGGAAUCCCUUCAAAGAGUAAGAGCGGGUGGGCAAAGUCUUUAUUGCGAAACGCAUGAUAAAGUCAUAGAGUUAUAUUGCACAACUCACGGUGCACCUCUUUGCAAUUUAUGCGCAAGUGUAGAUCACAAUGGCAGGGAUUGCGUGCGGCAGGAUAUAGAUGACGUCAUCAGAGAAUAUAGGCCCAUACUUGUCGAUCUAAAAGAAACGGUGAAGGACAAGUUAAAAAGUGCUCGCGCUUACGAAGACGAUAUUGAAAAUUGCAAGAAAAUCACCAAUACCCAUCUUCAAGCCGUCGAAUGCGACAUCAAUGCCACAAUACAGGAAGCGAUCAAAACGGAAGUGGACAGAGAGAAAGAAAAUGCCGAAGAAAUAAAUCGAGAAUUCGAAGAGAAGGACCGAACACGAGAAGAGAGACUUGAACUGAACCGUGCGAACUUCAAAGAACGGAUGAGAUGUAUUGAAUGUAAACAGCAUGGUCUUCAAAGAGACAUUAGGAAAAUCACCGAAGAGACAUCAACGAAGAUUGCCGAGCUGGAGAAGUCCUGGAAAGAUGAAACAAUAAGAAUACAGAAUGUAAUCCAAUCACUCGAGGCAAUACUAGCAGAAGAUAGCAAAGUGGCCACCGAGGGUUAUCGUUUGAAGAUGAAAGUGACUGAUGAAAUUCAGAAACCAGUGGAUAAUGGCGUGGAGGUUGGUGUGGAAAUAAUAUCUGAGGGAUUGUCAGGUGCGAGGUUUGUGAAGGGUGUUGGGAAUGAUAAAUACGAUGGUAGGAUUGGUGGUUAUGAUGGGGAGUGGAUGCUCAGUGAUACUAUAAGUGUAAAUGAUGAAAUCACUAACCCCUGCAUUGUAGGAAGCGUAGAUGGAUACAAUCUCGUCAUCUCAAAUUUUGAUGGUGAUACCUUCACGUUUGAUAUGAAUACUCGACAAUCUAAGCGAGUAAUUGAGGGUAGUGACACAUCAAUGGUUCUCUCCUGUGCAUUCCUGAAAGAUGGCAAGAUAGUAUGUGGUAGACAGUGUGAAGAUUGUACAGGAGACGCUUUGACUGGAUGCAUCAGCGUGUAUGACAGAAAAUGGGUGCACAUCAAUGACGUCACAAUACCAAGAAACGCGGAGGGUGAUACAACAUGGGUAAACGUAGCUGUUAGCAAAGAUGGAUUGAUCAUGGCUGCUGAACAGUUUCAGUCCCAAAUUUACCACAUCGACCCAAUUAAUGGCAAGAUCGUAAAUACUAUCUCAUGUAAGGAGAAAUUGGCGACAUUAUCAGGCGGUUUAGCAGCAACCGAGGGGGAGGAGGAAGAUGAAGAGGCAGAUUUUUUUAUUCAUAGUUUCCUAUCAGCAGAUGUUAUGACUAUCGUCACCGAUGAAGAACUGUUUAUCACUGACGGAUGUGAUAUUUUAUGGAAACAGCCCCUGAUAUUGGCUUGCACAAGUGUCUUCUGA